UGUAGGGGCCCCCCUAUCUGACGGAGAUACCGCUCCUGGGAUGUCUCGCUCCUUCACUUCAUUUGACUGCUGCCCGGAGCGCCUGGCCUCCGUGGUCCUCACCCGCCGGAGCCUGCCAGCUCUCAGGACAGCCAAGUCACCGCCGGAGACUCUGAGGCUUCGGCCUCUGCUUCUUGCCAGACCUUGUUCUGGGCGUUGCCGACGGAACCCCAGCGACCCGGUGCCCCUGGAGCACCCCUGCCCACCAGCCGUGCCAGACGGUCCACGGGACAGCCCCACACCGCAAGUGUCAGCCCCAUUCUCCAGCUUCAUGGCGGCCGAGGAGAUGCACUGGCCGGCCCCCAUGAAGGCCAUUGGUGCCCAGAACUUGCUGACCAUGCCCGGGGGCGUGGCCAAGGCUGGCUACCUGCACAAGAAGGGUGGCACCCAGCUGCAGCUGCUCAGAUGGCCCCUGCGCUUUGUCAUCAUCCACAAGCGGUGUGUCUACUACUUCAAGAGCAGCACGUCGGCCUCCCCGCAGGGCGCCUUCUCGCUGAACGGCUAUAACCGGGUGAUGCGGGCAGCGGAGGAGACGACGUCCAACAAUGUCUUCCCCUUCAAGAUUGUCCAUGUCAGCAAGAAGCACCGCACGUGGUUCUUCUCCGCCUCCUCUGAAGACGAGCGCAAGGGCUGGAUGGCCUUGCUGCGCAGGGAGAUCGGCCACUUCCACGAGAGGAAGGAGCUGCCCCCGGACACCAGUGACUCCAGCUCGGACACAGACAGCUUCUACGGGGCGAUCGAGCGGCCUGUGGACAUCAGCCUCUCUCCGUACCCCACGGACAAUGAAGACUAUGAGCAUGAGGACGAGGACGACUCGUACAUGGAGCCCGACUCCCCUGAGCCCAUGGACCCCGAAGACACUCUGACCCACCCGCCGGCCUACCCCCCGCCUCCUGUGCCCACGCCCAGGAAGCCAGCCUUCUCCGACGUGCCCCGUGCCCACUCGUUUGCCUCCAAGGGCCCAAGCCCUCUGCUGCCACCGCCGCCCCCAAAGCGUGGCCUCCCGGAUGCUGGCCUGGCCCCUGAGGACUCCAAGAGGGACCUGCUGGGCCCGAGACGGCCCGAGCCUGGCCUCAGGGUGCCCCCUGCCUCCCGGAGGAUGAGCGACCCCCCGCUGGGCAGCCUGCCAACCGGGCCCAGCCUCCGGAAACCCCCUUGCUUCCGUGAGAGCCCCAGCCCGGAGCCCCGGGUCCCCAGCCACGGGGCUGGCUCUGCCUCCAGCUCCGCCGGCGUGGCCGCUGCCUCCUCCAGGAACUGUGACAAGCUCAAGUCCUUCCAUCUGUCCCCCCGGGGGCCACCCACGCCCGAGCCGCCCCCGGUGCCGGCCAACAAGCCCAAGCUCUUGAAGACGGCUGAAGAGGCCCCCCCAAGGGAGGCGGCCAGGCCCGGACUCUUUGUGCCCCCCGUGGCCCCCAGGCCCCCUGUGCUGAAGCUGCCCAUGCCCGAGGCCGCCGGCCGGCCCGCCGUCCUGCCCAGGCCAGAGAAGCCCCCCCUCCCCAACCUCCAGCGGUCACCCCCUGACGGGCAGAGUUUCCGGAGCUUCUCCUUUGAGAAGCCCCGACAACCCUCGAAGCCUGAGGACACGGGUGCAGAGGGCUCUGACGAUGACUACGAGAAGGUGCCCUUGCCCAACUCCGUCUUUGUCAAUACCACGGAAUCCUGCGAGGUGGAAAGGCUGUUCAAAGCCACAAGCCCCCAGGGAGAGCCCCAGGAUGGACUCUACUGCAUCCGUAACUCUUCCACCAAGUCGGGGAAGGUAGGUGCCCUGACAGUCACCCUGCUGAGCAAAGGCCCCCUGGGGACUGCCGCGGCGUGGGGCCUUCUGGCUCUGCACACUCCGGGGCUGACGGCACGCUUUACGGCACGUACGUCACCUCCCCGCGCAGCCUCUUAUUUCGCAUCUCAACCAGCUCUGUCCUUGGGGUCUCUGCCCGACAGCCCCUCCCCCAUCUGUUCUCAGGACCUGAAUACCGGCUGCAAGCUGGGAGUGCUGGGGGGCCCGGAACUCUAUGGGGCUGGGUUGUUUUUUGACUCCAAGUUCUACCUGGAGGGCGAGCUCCUGUUUGUGAGCGUGGGCAGCCUCGUGGAACACUACCAUACCCACGUGCUGCCCAGCCACCAGAGCCUGCGGCUGCAGCGCCCCUACGGCUACACGAGGCCCAGGUGACCCCUGUCACCCCUGCUGCCCGGCAGAGACACCUGCUGGGGCGGUGACCCCGGGUCCUGCAGUCGAGCUGGGCUCUCCCGGGAGCAUGAGCUGGAGUGAGCACGUGCUCUGAUCCAGGGCCUUGUGGAAUCUGCCGGGCCAGGCCCCACUCAGCAGGCUGGGUCCCCGGGGCUGGCCAAGCUCCGGGCUCCAGAGGAUAGGGGGGCUUUCCUGUCCCUCGCAGCCCGCCCUGUCCCACCUCCCAGGAGCCCAGGGCCCCAGGACCGAGCCCCGCCUGGGCUUUGUGGACAAGAAUUCCGGUCACCCCCACCCCUCCCCGCUCCCCCAGCACACUGACCGGGUACUGGGUUGGGAGCUGGGCAGGGCUGGGGCACUUGGGGUUGGGGCAGGGGCUGGCCCCCCAGGACCGACACCCCCAGGAACGCUAAGACGCAGGCUCCAGGAUGGGCCGUUGAUAUACAAUAAAGCACACAUGGCCUUUG